AAAAAAAAAACAAUUAUCUCUCAGAAAACAAAAUAUGGCGAGAUAUAGUUUUCCAUCACAAAUUCAUCUUCUAGUAUUAACGCUACUAAUCAUCAUAACUCUUUUAACUCCGAUCACAACAAACACAUCACAACCAUGGGAUAUCCUUUCCGACAACAACUUCGCCGGAAAACUCACCACCGCCUCAUCCUCCGUUGAAUCAGCCGCCACCGAUUUCGGCCAUGUCACCAAAAUCAUUCCCUCAGCCGUCUUAAACCCUUCUUCCGUCGAAGACAUCACCGAUCUCAUAAAACUCUCUUUUGACUCUCAAUCUUCUUUUCCUUUAGCCGCUCGUGGCCAUGGACACAGCCUCCGUGGUCAAGCCGCGGCUAAAAACGGAGUCGUGGUCAACAUGCGGUCCAUGGUAAACGGGGACCGAGGGAUCAAGGUGUCUAGGACCGGCUUAUAUGCUGAUGUGGACAGUGCGUGGCUAUGGAUUGAGGUGUUGAAUAAAACGUUAGAGUUAGGGUUAACGCCGGUUUCUUGGACGGAUUAUUUGUAUUUAACGGUCGGUGGAACAUUAUCUAACGGCGGAAUAAGUGGACAAACGUUCCGGUACGGUCCACAGAUCAGCAAUGUUCUAGAGAUGGAUGUUAUUACUGGAAAAGGAGAGAUUGCAACUUGUUCCAAAGACAUGAACUCUGAUAUAUUCUUCGCCGCGUUAGGAGGUUUGGGUCAAUUCGGAAUCAUAACAAGAGCCAGAAUUAAACUUGAACUAGCUCCGAAAAGGGUUAAAUGGUUACGGUUUCUAUACACUGAUUUCUCCGAAUUCACAAAUGAUCAAGAACGAUUGAUAUCAGAAACAGAUGGUCUAGAUUUUUUGGAAGGUUCUGUUAUGCUAGACCAUGGCCCACCUGAUAACUGGAGAUCAACUUAUUAUCCACCGUCCGAUCACCUAAAGAUCGUCUCAAUGGUCAAACGACAUCGUGUAAUCUACUGCCUCGAAGUCGUCAAGUAUUACGAUGAAACUUCUCAACGUACAGUCAACGAGGAAAUGGAGGAGUUAAGCGAAAGCUUAAAGUAUGUAAGAGGGUUUAUGUAUGAGAGAGAUGUGACAUAUAUAGAUUUCUUAAACCGGGUUCGAACCGGAGAGCUAAAAUUGAAAUCCAAAGGCCAAUGGGAUCUUCCACAUCCAUGGCUUAAUCUUUUCGUACCAAAAUCUCAAAUUUCAAAAUUUGAUGAUGGUGUCUUCAAGGGUAUUAUACCUAGAAACAACAUCACUACCGGUCCCCUUCUUGUUUAUCCCAUGAAUCGCAAUAAGUGGAAUGAUCGGAUGUCGACUGUUAUACCCGAAGAAGAUGUCUUUUACGCGGUCGGGUUUCUACGAUCAGCGGAUUUUAACAAUUGGGAGGAUUAUGAGAAAGAAAAUAUGGAAGUACUGAAGUUUUGUGAGGAUGCUAAAAUGGGAGUUAUACAAUAUCUUCCUUAUUAUUCAUCUCAAGAAGGAUGGGUUAGACAUUUUGGUCCGAGGUGGAAUAUUUUUGUAGAGAGAAAGUAUAGAUAUGAUCCUAAAAUGAUAUUGUCGCCGGGACAAAAUAUAUUUCAAUAAUUAAACUUGUGUUAGGCGAUAAGUAAUUGGGUAAUUGUUAGUCGUUCUCGCUUUUUUAAUUUAUAUAGACUAAUUAGUUUAUGUGGUUGGCCAUUGA